AUGGAGAUUGUUUGUCCUUCUAGUUAUUAUAAGCUGAAGACCAACAUAAGAGAUAUGUUGCUCGAGAAAGCAGAACCAUCUUCUAAACUUCAGACCAUUGAUGUAAUGCAACGACUUGGUAUCUCUUACCACUUUCAGGAUGAGAUUAGUAACAUCCUGUACUCCAUCUCCAAUGAGAGUGCUAAAGAUCAACAUAGAUAUGACAACAUUGCUUUCACAGCCUUGAAAUUCAGGAUACUCAGGGAAAAUGGAUUCCCAACAACCCUAAAUAUAUAUUACCAAGAUUUUGUCAAAGGCCAUCGGGCUACCAUAAUUAUGGGAACUGGAUCACCAAGACACCAAGACAGGAGGAUGCAAACACACUUCUUUUGCUACAUGAGGGCCUUUAAUCUAGCAUUUGGAGAUGAAGAAAUAUUGGAUGUAGCAAGGACAUAUUCAGCUAAAGCACUUAAAGAACUUAUGCCGUCCAUGCUGCCACACUUAAGGGAGAGUGUGGCGCAUGCUUUAGAACUUCCACUGCACUGGAGAGCUCCAAGACUAGGCCCCAUUCGCUUGUCUUAUGAGUCGUACUAUUUCAGCGAACGAACAGUGUUUUUCUCUCAUAAAAAAUCAGCAAACAAUACUUUUAACCAUGGCUUUUUAGCAAAGCGAACAUGGCUAGAAACAAGGUGGUUCAUUGAUUACUAUGCUAGAGACAUUAUUAACAUGUGCCCAUUGCUCCUCUUCGCUAAACUAGACUUCAACAAGGUUCAAGAUGAGCAUCAGAAAGAUCUUGCAGCGGUAACAUGGUGGUGGAGGAACAUUGGGCUUGGUGAAAAGCUGCCAUUUGCAAGGGAUCGUCUGAUGGAGUGCUUCCAUUAUGCAAAUGGAAUUGUUUGGGAUCCGAAGCUUGGACCAUGUCGUCAAAUGCUUGCUAAAGUUUCCAAUCUAAUUGUUUACUUGGAUGAUGUUUAUGAUGUGUAUGGAACCAUGGAUGAACUUGUACUCUUCACAAAUGCAAUUGCAAGGUGGGAUGCAAUACCAAAUGAGACACUCCCAGAGUACAUGAAAUCACUUUAUUCUGUUAUAUAUCACACAUCAAAUGAAGUUGCUGAACAUGCUUUGAAGGAACAUGGUAGCAGUAUUCAUUAA